AUGCCACCCCUCCCGGGCCUCCAAAACCUCUUCACCCCAUGCCAUGAUUCUCCCAUGCCACCAAUCCAACCACAAAAGGACGAGCUAGGCCUCUAUUAUGGCAAAUGUUACCGACUGGAAAACAACAAAAAGCAAAAGCUAGGUUAUCAACAAGGCGCAUACUACCGGUAUGACGCUGACGAUAACCGGCGCCCAUUCCGCGUCUGCCGUUCCCCCCGGGGAUCUUGCAAGCGUGAGCAAGACGACCAAAACGUGUACAAGAAUGACCGUUUUUAUCUCUGGGAUGGGCACGGCUCGGCAUGGUCCAAGGGUCCGACCUGGAUGGGUUUCGCUGGAGUGUUUUUGUAUCCAAAUAUUCACCGUGACAUCGAGAACUAUAUUGCGCCAUUCAAGGCGCAUCAGAGUUGUGAUCGCGAUGAUGCUAUUCAGGGGGGUGAUUUGGAUGAGCAGAAGAAGAAGUGCUCCCUUUGUGUUAAUUUGAAAAACAGUUACAAUAACUACAAUGGGCUGGCGACGUACCCAACUGGAUAUGUUUACCAGACCGCGAAUGCGGCUGAUUGUGUUUAUUGGGUAUUCAAAGAGGUGGAUUGUCCAGAUGAUGAUUAUAUGGAGGACGAGGAAGAACUGUAA